AUGUGUAGUUGAUACAUGCAUAAUCUAUGAGCAGAAUUACUGUUUUACCUCAAUUAGCCACUUGAGAAUUCAAGUAAAAAUCGAUGUUAUUCCCCUCGUCCCCUCGUCCACCCCUUGUUUUCUUAUAGGCCCGGUAGUGUAGUCAGUAGUGGUCAGUCAGCUGGGCAGUGUGUGCUCAGUGCCCGAGUGAUGUAUAAUGAAUGAUUAGUGGAUUAGGUGCUGAUCUGGAUCUAAAUCAUCCAGCUUGGCCUCCUGCCAUCAAAACAGACCAGCACUAAUGAGAGCAAAGAACUUUCCCAAGAGAUCUAUCUGGAAGAACCAAGAAACACAUUCACUUAAUCCUGAAUCGAGUUACAACAACACACAACUGCUUCCCACUCGCCUAGCCAAAAACCCCAGUCAGGCUGACUUUUGUUUGAUUUAAGGAGGUAGACAAUGUUUCUGGCUGAAACUUUAUUUUUCUUCACUUUGUCCUGUAGGACUGAGAACUGAAGAGUGAAACCGACAUCAUGAUGAACAUCUUCCCCAUCUUCCAACGUCACUGCCUUUCCCCUUUCCAACUCCUCCCACCCACUCGUCACCACGGAGAAAACCGUCACGACCCUCUUGCCCAUGAUCCCUGACCCCAGGGAACACUGUCACCUUGACGACAGCUCCCUCCGGAUCCCUCUAGCUGUCCUUUACUCAGUCCUCUUCGUCUUGGGCCUGACCGGCAAUAUCCUGGCUCUCUGGGUCUUUCUAUAUGUCCACUCCAAAAAUAACUCUGUCAGAGUGUUCGUCAUCAACGUAGCUUUAGCCGACCUGCUACUGGUCAUCUGUCUUCCAUUCAGAGUGCUCUACCACAGUAAAGCAAACCGCUGGGACCUGGGCCCCACCCUCUGUAAGGUAGUGGGGAACCUCUUCUAUAUGAACAUGUACAUCAGUAUCACCUUAUUAGGGUUGAUCAGUGUGGAUCGCUAUCUGAAGAUCCAGCGUCACGCCGGGGGCCAGUACCGUCUCAAGGCCACCAGAUGGAGCUCUGCCAUCUGUGGGACGAUCUGGGCCCUGGCCCUUGCCUCCGUCAUACCCAUGAUUCUCCUCUCAGAGGGCAACGAGGAGUCUGAUCAAGUGUUUCCAGUAUAAACAGCGUUAGCGUGCGAAGGGGAAGGCCUACUUCAACCUCUUCCUGGUUGCCACGUUCUGGCUCGUGUUCGUCUGCCUUGUGGUGUCUUAUGGGAAAAUCGGCCUCAAUUUGCUGAGGUUGUCGAGAGAGAAACCGGACUUCCCCAACGCACCCCGCUACACCCGCACCGCCAGGAAGUCGUUCUUCGUCCUCUUCCUGUUUACCGUCUGCUUCGUCCCUUAUCACAUGGUCCUUAUCACAAAGCCAAUGAAGUGGUGUUGCUACUCUCCGCCCUCAACAGUUACUUGGACCCUGUGAUGUAACUUCCUGUUAUCGGCAUCUGUGAGGAAAGAGACCCUCCGAUUGAUCAAUAACGUGUGCCAACUGAGAGACCCGGAGUCCAGUGUGGAUAGAGGGAGGAGCCUCGGGGAGCAGCCAACUAUUAGUUUCAUCAGUAAUCCGAGGAGUAAAAUAACUGUCCAGCCCUGCCUUUAAGUGACAGAAUUGUUUUUAGAGAUUAAAAGGUUGGGAAACUAUAUUAACAUAAAUGUUCAUACUAUUGGUGUAUAGUAAAUACUGCAACAUUGGUCCACAGUGAAAACCAAAGCAUCGAUUUGUCAUAAAUAUUAUUAUUUUUUUU